GCUUUCCUCUGUUCAAAAUCUACUCCAGACCGCCGGUCGACCUGAAAAAGGCGCAGCAAGGGAACGCGGGCUCCAGGUCGGCUUUGGUGAAGGGCGCAUAUGCCAUGAUGCCCGGACAGAUCCCUGACCCUUCAGUGACGGCAGGGUCUCUGCCCAGCUUGGGCCCACUGGCCGGCAUCUCUGCUACAACAUUAACAGACCAGCUGAAGUAUGCUGACCUGUGCAGCCUGGGAGCCAUGCUCUCACCACUGCACCUCCUGGGCAAGCUAAGCAAGCAUCAUCUUCCUAUUAAAACUGAGAAGGAUGAGGAGGAGGAGAGGAGGAAAAGGAGGCGAGAGAAAAACAAAGUUGCUGCAGCAAGAUGUCGAAACAAAAAGAAAGAACGAACAGAGUAUCUACAGAGGGAAUCAGAGAGACUGGAGAUGAUGAACUCUGAGCUGAAAGCACAAAUCGAGGAACUGAAGCACGAGCGCCAGCAGCUCAUCCUCAUGCUCAACCGUCACCGGCCCACAUGCAUUGUGAGAACAGACAGCGUGAAAACCCCUGAGAGCGAGGUGAACCCCCUCUUGGAGCAGCUAGAGGCUAAAUGAGAAAACGAAGAGACUAUAAGUGGUGCCUUUCCACAAGUACUGUUUACAGGUUAGCUUCCACACAGCUAGCAAGAAGCACUUAGCUCUAAGCUCAUGGACAUUUAAAGAGGAACGAGUGCAGCACUCCAACUCGUACACUUGGAGUUUAAGAGCCUUUGUGUACCCCCCAUUUCACCAGACUUGCACGACCAGUCAGAUUAAGCGAUGAGCUGACAUUUAAAAUGUUAUACUUCGUUUUUAAUUGUGGUCAUUCGUUGUUUAAUUGAUUUAUUUUAAUCCGACUGCGUUAACAACAGUUAGUAGCACAUACUGAGCUUAGUAACAAAUCUCAGUACCAGAUCUGUGUCCAGAUCAGCAGACACAUGAUUCUGGUUUUCCAAUGUAACUGGAUGAUUCGUAUCUUUGAUACUAAGUCGUAAUUUACCCCCUUAAACUUUUUUUUUUUGACGCAGGCGUCAUGUAUGCACAUAUAUAUGGACUGUUUACAUCUUGUUGUUCUAUUAGUUACCUGCAUAUUUUAUAUAUAUGUAUAUAUAUAUUCUGAUUUUUAUACUUCUUGUACAUGGUAUUAUAUGGACUUAUCACUAGAUGUGAUAUAUUUUAUAUUACUGCAACAAAUAGUUAUGUAUAACCCUUUUCUU